GCUCACUGAACGCCGCAAGUCCACAAUUUGGUUGGUGCGGAGUGGAUGCCCGCAUGGACCUGUCUGACAGUGACAGCGAGCACGCAGUCCUUGAGCGUGUGAGAGACGCCGCAGCGGAGACGUUGGUCACCUGGGCCUCGCUGCCAGACUCAGCGGACGCGCGGCACCGCUUCGACGACCACAACUCGGACUGCCUCGUUUGUGGAGUGGGGGGGCGCAGCCUGCGGGUGGGGCAGAAUCGCGCCAGGCAGGGCGAGCUGGGCGUCACCGGGUGCUGCGUCUGGGAUGCGGCUGUUGUCCUGGCGCGGUACUUGGAGUGGGCAGAGGAGCUGCGGGAGGCGAAGACCAAGAGCACGGACAGCUUCGCACUGGAAGAUGCCGUGCACGGGCGUCGCUGUUUGGAGCUAGGAGCAGGCUGCGGCUUGGCGGGCCUGGCGGCGGCUUCUUUGGGCGGACUGGUGACGCUCACUGACAGAGAGGAAACUUUGUCUCUGCUGGAGCGCAACGUGCGGGAGUUUACAGGAGACCAUUGCGGUGUCCGCCCAACGCGCAAAGGGAAAGCGCGGCAAGCGGAGUCGUCCUGCUGCUCGGAGGCUCCAGAAGUCCAAUACCUGGACUGGAGCGAGCCACUGGAGCUGGAAGGCAAGACGUACGAGGUGAUUCUUGCAGCCGACUGCUUGUACUCUCUGGAUGGUGCUGAAUCUCUAGCCCGAGUGGUGACGUCGCUGUGUUGCCAGCCUGGGAGCGCCGCCUACGGCGCACGUCUACUGCUGUCACAAGAGCUACGUGCCCCGGAGGUCCUGGAAACCUUUCUGGAGCAGGUCCUCCCUCACUUUCGAGCCUUCCGACUGCCAGCACCGCCCACUCUGGAACGAGCCGCGCCCUGUGUGGUGCUCUACCGUCUAAUCCCAAAAACAUAUCCGAUGCAACAAAGAUAGAAAUCAAAAUCCGACA